GUUAGUACUGGUUGAACAACGCAAAGAUAACGUCAAACAUACGGCGCUGCCCGUACACACCGCACUUUAGAGAAGCACACAACCAAACUAAUUGCAAAUAAGUGUGGAAAAAAACUCAUUAAAAUCGCAUAGAUUUCAGAUCUUUGACAUUUUGUGCAUUAUACCAGAGAGUGAGUGAGUGACACAGAGAGUGAGAGAGACAAAUUUUCAAUCCAAACGUCAAAUCGACAGAAAAAAACACAACAACUGCCAGUCGUUUGGGUUCAUUCGAUUUCAAGGUGUUGUAAUAAUAAUACAUAUUUUUGUGUGUGUGACGAGACUGAAUCAAAAAUUGAACACAGAAAAAAAAGAAUUCGUGAAUUGAUGCUCGGAAACAGCUAAAGUUCCAUUGAGCCGCGACAUCAAAUGGACUCUGGCCCAUUGACACAUUCCACUUAAUUGCUGAAAUUUUGAACGAUAAUCUGCAAACGAUUCUCUAAGAUUAUUCGGAAAAAAUGGCGCUGCAACAAUAUUGCCUGCGAUGGAAGUAUCACCAUAGCAAUUUGCAAACCAUGUUCUCACAGUUGCUGGAUCGUGAGGCGUUUUGCGAUGUGACUUUGGCGUGCGAGGGACAAACAUUGCGAGCUCAUCGGGUGGUUUUGUGUGCAUGCAGCACAUUCUUCGAUUCAAUACUGACGAAUCGGUACACCGACAAAGACCCAAUAGUUAUAAUGAAAGAUUGCAAAUUCGAAGAUAUCCGAUGCUUAAUCGAAUUUAUGUACAAGGGCGAAAUUAACGUUGAGCACGAACAAUUGGCAUCGUUGCUACGAACGGCAGAAGAGUUACGGAUCAAGGGUUUGGCUGAAGUGUCAUGGACUGACGAAAACGGUGACAGCAGACGAAGCAAGAACAAAACUCACAACAUUCGUAAUCUGAUGCAUUUGAAUGAAACUGCCGUCACAACAGCGAAACCUCUACAGCAACCCAAACGCCAUUCCUUUAGCAAUCAAAACAGUAACCAUCAAAUGAAUUCCGGUGAAAUGGAUCCGUUGGCGGAAUCAUCGGGAAAAGGUUCAGACGAACCCGUACAAAUGACCAAAUCAGUUGCCAAUCAGUUCCUACUUCCAGUGAAUUCACCUCAACGCAGUGUUGAAGAGACAAUGCCAACGGUUAAAAAGAAACGUGGUCGCCCGCCACUCGAUGACGACUUUGACAGCUACAGCACACCGAAAAUCACGCAUGUCGAGAGCACAGCCAACAGUUUUGAUGUACAUGCCGACCACAAUGCGAUGUACGACGAAAAUUCGCACGAAUCACCCAGCGCUAUUUUGGAGCAAUCGAUGGAAGUGUCAAUGACGUGCGAUAAUGAUGAACCGACCCUAAUGCCAAUUCAGCCGAAAAUCGAACGACCGGACACACCGGCCAGUGUGAAAAAUGACUACUAUGACGAAAACGAUUACAACCCGAGCAGCCCAAUGGACGAAUCAAGCGACGGUCAUGGUUUAUCGGCACAGGUUAUGUUGACUCCACAAGAGGAAGAAGAAUGGCGCGACGUUAUCAAAAUGAACGAUUAUUUGGCCAAAGGACGUCGACCACAAUUCUGGGAAGAAACAUUUACCAAACGUGUCAUGGAAGCGAUCAAAUCAAAGGAACUGGAAAUGAAAAAAGCCGCACAACUCUUAGGCGUAUCGUACGGUACAUUGUACGGAAGAUAUCGCGAAACGUAUGGAUGUUUAAAACAUCCCUACAGAGGUCCGUUUAUGGUUUCGAGAUUACGUGAGUUUUUAAUGGAUCAUGGUCAUGAAGACUUGAUUGGCCGCUUGCAGCGUGGAGAAAUCACUUUGCCACGUGCUGCCGAACUUAUGAACACUUCUUUGACAAAUCUGAGCGGACUUUUGGAAUAAAAUCAAAAAGGGUGACAGUAAAGGGUGAAGAAAGAAGUUAGGAAGCUAAUAAGUAAAACAUACAAACGAAAACGAAUGAAAAAAAAUAAAAAUACAAAAAAAAAAACACACAAAACAUUUUACUGAAUCCGACGAGAAUCGAUGGUAGGCAAUUCGAAAAUAACCACAAAACACACAAGUUAUAUUGGAGACUACGCAGAAGGAAAACAACAUUCAAAAAAUAUAUACCAAAAUGUCAUGUAUUUGGCAACCCAACGCGGUUGCCCAGCAAUUUAUAAAAUUGUGAAUGAAUAAAAUCCAUUAGGCUUAAGAAGAUACAUUUACAUUUACAAAUAAAUGCAAAUAUUAUAUACAACAAUAUCAA